AUGUCACUAAAGCACACCACGAACGUAAAAACCAACUGGAUAAAAGUGAACGACUUUCACUCGGCAUGUUUUGUUAGCAAUGAAGCAUUAGCAGUGGGAAUGAGCAGCCAUAUUCUAUUAUGGAACUUAACAACUAAAACCGAGAGCUACUACCGAGCAGUGGACAAAACCAGCGGAGAAGGUGUAUCAUGCUUAACGGGCCAUAAGAGCUUCAGCAUAUACGCCUUUGCAGAGAAAUGCAUAAGCCCUAGAAUUUUCAUCAAUGAUUAUCCAAACAAUUCUGUUUUAUACAUUCUGCAAGGAGGUGAAAAUAUUUUUAGUUACAUUUCAAUAUGUUUUUCGGAGGGAGAGUACUUGAUUGCUCUAAGCGGAAUUCCUGACUAUUCUAUCGAAGUUCAUGUAUGGAGAAAUAAAGAAAUGCUGAUAAAGAAAAGUACAGGCAUACACAGUGACAAGCAACGAAUAAUCUGUAGUCCUUCUUCAUCGGUUGCCGUAUGCCAGCUGGCCUACAACAAGCCUCAAGCUAUAUUUUGGGAAAUUCAUGGAAGCAUCAGAGUGAGCAAGCUAAUUGAGAAAGCAGUUAGACUACCGUUUGGAAAUGACUCUGCUCCUAUCGAUAGUACAUUUUUACUCGAUGGUACUCUAGUUAUUGUUAACAAAGUUGGAGCUGUCUAUACUUUCUCUGGCAGCACUGGACAAAUGAAUCGAAUUAUACAAGCAGCCAAUGAACCUGGGUCUUUUGCGCCCCUAAUUUACUACUGUAAAGGAGGGCUAUUUCUUCGCAAUCCCAACGGAAAUAUCAGCUUUUACAAACGACAAAAGAAUAUUUACAUUCAAAUAUGGAACACUGAUUCAGCAGUACAGUUCGCUUCAUUAUUGUACUAUUCCACAAGCAACGGGCUCUAUGGUAUAACUUCAAAUGGGAACCUAGUGCUGACAACAGUGGACAACGACCUACGAAACGUGGAACAUGUACCAGUUAUGGAAUUCGAGAUGCAAUUCACAUGCUUUUUGUUCGUAAACCCUUUGACUGAAGUUGUAGUUGGCCUCAAUAGUGCAAGUGAACUGAUAGUAAUAGAUGUAAAAACUGGAAUGAAACUGGCCAAAUAUUUCAUAGACAAAAUAAGCUGCAUGCAAGAGCACCCUUUAUAUCCUUUUAUAUCAGUGGCUACGUUAACAGGAAUAGUGUAUUUAGUUUCGUUAUACCGUCCAGAGAAACCAUGUUUGCUUGCGGAUUUUUAUCUAGGUUAUUGUACCAUUUCGCGAAUACGGUUUUCUGAAGAUGGAUUGUAUAUGGUUGUUAUCGAUGAACGCAACAAUGUCUUCGUUAUCAAAGGACUACCUGGCAAACAGAUGGAUGUAAUCUAUCAUUGUUCUAUAUCUAUAACAGAAAACAUAUCACACCCAAUACUUAUGGUUUCUGCAGAAAACAUAGAAAUUAUUGCAUUAGUUGCAAAUAACGAGAAAGAACCAUCAAAUAAACUCACUAUUAUCGUUAUUUCUGUUUGUAACGGAAAACAUAACAUAACGACCGAAGAACUGCAGAAAAAAUAUAUUCAAUUCGAACGCAAAUUUGGUUGCCUAUCAGGAUCAAACAGGAUGUAUGCUGUCGGAUAUCUAACCAAUGAAAUCGAUAUUCUAGAGAUAGUAGAAGAUGACACAAAAUGUUUGCAAGUUAAAAUUGUAUCGACAAUCGAGGUAAAGCACCAAAUCCCACAUUUCUCCAUUUAUGCGAAUCAGCACCAUCUAUCAACAUGGAGCAUUGAUGGUUUGGUCACGAUAUUUGAUGUUAAAACUGAUAAACUGCUGGCUUUUUUUAUUACCGAACACCACAUAGACGGAGGAAUUUUACUGGCGAGAGCUGAUUUGAACCGUUUAUUCAUUUGCACACUGAGCUAUUCAGGCUAUUUGGUUUGUACCAAAGUUAGACGCGUUGUUCCUACAUUACAACGCUACGAUGAUAUUAAACUUAGUUUGGAAACAGACGACAUAAGGAUUAUGUUCAAUACAACAAUCACAAGACUGGUUUCCAAAGAACUACCCAGUACGCGCUGGAUCGAUUUGGAGAAAAUAAAUAAAACCCAAACUGAAAAAUUAAAAUUUGAAUCUACGAAACAGAGUAUUCUGAAUGACUUCGAAAACAUAAAACUAAAUCUCAAAGAAAUACUAAAUACAAAUGAAACGGCUACUGAGGAUGAAAUGUUGCCAAUUCAAUUAUUUAAUCUGAACUCUACUACCGCUAACCUAUUAAGGGAGAAGGCUAAAGUGAAUCGAAAUACAGAACAUUGUCGAUUACUCAGUUACAUUGUUAACCAGGAACGAGCCAAUGAGCAUAUUGUUCAAAAAUGCUGGAGUAUCAUGGAACGAAAACCAAUAAAAGUCAGGUCAAUAUUUAAUAAACGUUCUGUAGAAAAUUAUCCAUCGCUACCAAAAGAACGAAAUGAGUUGUUUUUACAAAGAAUAGGAGUAUAUCGUGAAACCGAGCAAAUGGCUAGUCACGAUGCUCUAUUGCCUUGGAAACCAACACCUACUUACCUACUGGAGUCAAUUCUAAAUCGUGACCCUGACUACGGAAACGUGAUAGAUUUGUUGUCGAGUGCACAAUUCCAAAAGCCAAAUUCCCUCAACGGAACUACAACCCAUAUAUUUGUAAAACCGAUGCCACUACGUUAUGAACAGUUGGAAGUCGUCACAUUUGAGCAAUUAAACUUCGAGAAUGUGUGUGGAAAAAUAGAGAUGCUGAAACUUCGUGAACUAUUUAAUAGUAAAUUAGAUCUACUAAAGACAUUGAAAGAUAACGAAAUGGACACCGUGCUUAAACGCAACAAUCGAUUACGUGUCAUUCAAAGUGAACUGUCUAUCAUGUCCAAACUUUUAAAUACUAUCGACUUUAAAAAAGAAACUAUAGUAGAUCCAUGCUUUCAACCAGACGAAAUUCCAGAGACAAUAGUAGAAACCAAGAAUGACGAGAUAGCCGUGGCCCAAUAUUGUACUCCCAGCAUGGAAAAAGUUCUUGCACUAGAUAGAGCGGAAAAAAUGCGAAGACAGCAGCAGCUUAUGGCUAAUGAUUUUAAAGAUCGUGCCCUUGUGGUAAUGAUGGAUGGAGUUCUGGAACAUCGCUGGGAAGACGAGAUCAAAAAAUCUCCUCCAAUUCCCCAUUGCCUGGAAACCGGAAAAGAUCCUCUAUAUUACAAUGAAACUGAUAUCAGAGAAGUGAAAGAUUAUGAAGAGCAGCUUGAUAUUGUUAUCCAAGAACGAAUCCGUUACAAACAAUUACUUGAGGUUGAAAAAAGUCACAUUGUCGAGAGUUUAGAAAACCAGAUAAAACAAUUCAACAUGAAAGUGGCGAAAUGCUUGCUGGAAAAAAUCUGUAUAGAAUCAGCUAUCAGAGAGGAGGAGAUGCGAAUUCUUAAAAAUACAUUGUAUAAUCAGCAACGCCUUGUUUACGAUCGAAAAGCAAAUUCUUUGCGAUCUAGCAUUGACGACAUUCAGAAACAAAUCGAUGAUAUAGCAGCGACAACUACCGAAAUUCAAGAAAAAGUCAAUGAUUAUAAGAAUACUUACGAAACACUCAAUACGAAAGAUAAAAUGUUAGACAAACAGUUCAAAAUAAAUUUUUUGGACAAUGCCCAGUCAGCGAUUGUCGAUCAAGCUUACAAAAUUUUCAAGAGACGCCCAAAGGUGCAGUUAAGAGCCGCAGUUACUGUGUCUAUAUUCCAAGAUUUAGCCAAACGAAUUACAGCCAAGAAAGUACCUCAACACAGUGAUAUACUUUUCCCACAAGAAUGCUUAGAACAUUUAUCAGCCUGCGAAAAUUUAGAUCAAACAAAUAAUUGUCCUACCGGAAUGGAUAGCACCGUGUGGCAAACAUUGUGCAAAAUGCGACGAAUUAAGAUGGAGAGCGAAUUCAGACUAAAAAGUUGUGAGAUCCAGUUAGCAGACACAGAAGCAGCUUUGAAUGCUUUUCAGCGGGAACUCGCGUCAAAAAAAUAUACAUUUAGUACGUUAGAGAACAGGAUGAAUGAACUGCUGAAAAACAAGUUUUUAGAUUCCACUAACAGAAACGUGCAAAUUGUGAUGAAACGCGGAUUAGUUGAAGCUCCCAUGUUCGGGAAGAUGAAUGAUUUCGACAGCUGCAUUCUCAUUCAUCGCACAGACGUGGACGAUAUUAACGUAAUUAUCAAACGUGCAGGUGCCAAAAAACUUAAAGCAAUGGCGAACGCAGCUUUAUUCAGACGAAAAAUUAUUAUUCAAGAGUGGGAACAUAGAGCGCUUAUGCUCAGAAUUCGUGAUCUGAGAGAUCAAAUCAAAUUAAUCGAGAAAUGCAGGAUUACCAAAGAAGUACAGGAAUGGUUAAAACGAAAGGAAACAGGAAUUAUAGAAGAUCUCGGACAGCAGGCAUUGGAACGAGAAAUAGAAAAUGCAAUUUACUCAGAAGAGAAAACACUGAUUGAAGUGAGGAAGUCAGUAGAAGAUUUGGAGGAAAAAAUACAUAUAAAGCGGAAGGAGAAUAAAUCUAUUGAUAAGCAAACGCAGGAUUUAAACAUUGACGUUACCGAACAGCACCUGAAGACGGACUGGGACUUAGAAAAAAAUCAACAACAAGCCAUGGAAAACAAAAUGGCUCUUAUUGUUGAUCGAAGCCGGCUUGUACGGUUAGUUCAAGUACAGUAUGCACAGAUACUUGAGCUUGGAACCAUGUUAGAAUUGCAACGUCUCAAAACCUAUCCUACUCUUUCAACUUCCUUCAUUGGUAACGAUAAUACUGCUUUCAAUCAACAGAACAGUAUCCAGAUUUUCCGUACGGAGGAAACCAAGUUUGCCGAAAUAGACGCUGCGGUCGGCGUUGCCAUAUUACCGGACCGGAUGAAAGGUCCCCAACGGGCAAUCUGGUCGGCGGCUAUACCGAUUCGGAUGAUGUGCGUAAAAAUCGCAAAAAAUACGCCUCACUAG